GUAUACUAUAUUUCAAAAAGGAAAAUUUUAUUCAGUUAUUAAAUUUAUGUCAACUAUUGCAAUCUUUCAAGGAUGUGCCAAUAUAGUAAUUAUUUUAUAUCAAAGGGAUAAAAUUAAUUCAAUCGUUAAAUUUGCAAGUAUCCCAAUUGUCUCACUGACAAGUACAUCAACUGUUAUUAGUAGUUCAAUUAGUAUUAAUCUUUCUUUCCAAUAUGUAAUUAAAUUUUUUGUUAUAUUUUUUCUUUUGUUCAUUCUUUUGUUAUUUAUAAAUAAUUUCUUUAAAAUAGACUUAAUUAAAUUUAGAUUUAUUCUUGGUCUUGUAAUUUAUAUUUACCAAUUAUAAUUUAUCCGAGAUUUUUAUUUA